UCAGCCGACCUCAUCUCAUCCUCUGACAACUGCCUCGACCAACGUCUUUAUGGUUGUAUUUCCCCUGUCAAGUCUACAUCCUAUAUUCUCUCCUGAGAGACUCACAAAUCCGGCCCCUCUUUGAGAUCAACCGCUCGACUUCGACCACGCAAUUAUGAUGGAAAUCUGUCGGUGACGGUAUGGCAACAUGGAGCGAGCAAUACCUCGCAGCCUUGCGAGCCCGAGCCGAGGUUGAACAGGCCAACCUCGAGCUCUACGAUUAUUGCACCAAGCUUGCAGACCAAAAGGCUGAGUUGCACAAAAAGGCAUCCAGUCAUGCACAGGCACCCCGUGAGGAAGGAGAGCCCGUUACAUCUCCACAACCAUCCCUCAUGAGCAUGGGCAUGGGCAUGAGGCGAGUUACCUCACCACCAGUCGCUCGUCCAGAUUCUCCAAACCUGGCUCAACUCCGUCAAGAUCUCGCCAAAGCACAGCAAGAACGCGGUGACCUGCAGACCCGCCUCGAGUCUGUCACCCGGGAGCUCGAGACUCUGAAAGCAAGAGGCAAAGCAGACAGCAAACGUAUCGCACAAUUAACUGCCAGUGUCUCUCAGUUGACGGUCAAAUUGCGAGAUCGCGAGGAGGAACUCCGAGGCAAAGCCAAAUUGAUCGAGAACGUUCAAGACGAGAAUGUGACUUUGAACUUGCAACUCAAUAUGGCUGAGGAGCAAGUGGGUAAAUUGAACAAGGACAACAAGGAGCUUGUCGACCGGUGGAUGGCAAGCAAGGGCAAAGAAGCCGACAGGAUGAACAAAGACAGCAAGUUCGGGUGAGAGGCUAUUCAGCCAACCUCUCUUCAAGCCUCAAUCCUGCUCAACCUUCAUCUAUGCCAUCCUCCAGGCCGCGUCGUCGGCCGGCCAUGUGUGCAUGCAUGGUUCUGGAAAGCUCGAUCAUAUCGAUUUCCGGCAGGUUUCAGGCUAUCGGUCAACAACGAUUGAACAAGGAUUCAGACCAGAAUAUGCUGCAUG